ACCUUAGGAAGCGACCGCGUGUAUCCAAGAACAUCACAACUCAGUCACAUACGUCAGGCUACGUAAAGAGGGGAAUUUUGUCUCUUAUCCCGUUUUGAUGUGUAAGAUAUCUUUAUUGGCACACCCAGGAUGAAUGAAAACGAGGAGAAAGAAAGGACUGCUCCAAUUCCAAAGUUAAAGCAAAAGUAUGACUGGUACCAGACUGAUUCCAGUGUAGUCAUCACACUGAUGAUCAAAAAUGCCAAGAAAGAAGAUGUACAAGUUGAUUACACAGAAAGAGCAGUAAGUGUGACAGUCAAGCAGUCCUCUGGCAGUGAUUUCAGUUUGGAGUUGGACCUGGCCCACAAGAUCAUCCCCGCCAAGUGCACCACCAAGAUCAUGUCGGUGAAGAUUGAGCUGAAAUUGGCCAAGGAGGAAAGCUUGAUGUGGAGCAAGCUGGAAGGAGAGGAUACCCUGGCCACCAAAACAACUGUAGACCAAGAUGUCAAAGACACUGUGCACAAGUACCCUACAUCUAGCCACGUGACUCGGAACUGGGACAAGAUCGGCCGAGAGGCAGAGGAAGAGGAGAAGGAGUCGGCUGAGGGGGAGGCUGCCCUCAACCAGCUCUUCCAGAAGAUCUACUCGGAUGCCUCAGAUGACGUCAAGAAGGCCAUGAACAAGUCAUUUACUGAAUCCGGUGGCACCGUCCUGAGCACCAACUGGCAGGAGAUUGGUGCCAAGAAAACAGACAUUAAACCACCAGAUGGAAUGGAAUACAAAAAAUGGGACACCUAACAGUCAUUGGCCAGUGUAAAUAGUAGAAAGGCAACAUGUUGAAGAAGUGGCACUGUUAAACUCUCGUAUCUAGACCAAAGAGGCGAAACCUUCCGGUCAACUGGUCACAACUAAAUGUCUAGGUAAAAAAACAAGGCUGAACUUCUGCCGAGUCAAACUGGUCAAAACCUUCCUGUCAAACCUCCUUCUUGUCAAGGUUAAAGCAAGGCCAAAUCGCUGCAGUCUCAGUCAAACUGGUCAAAACUUUCCUGUCGAGGUCAAAAAUACGGUCAAACCUCUAUGAUCUGAGUCAAACUGGUCAAAACUCUCCUUUACAAGUCAAAGCAAGAUCAAAACUGUGGAAAAAAACAUAGGAAGCCAGUUGCUCCUCCUCCCAAGAAUUGAAUCAUUUUGCUGGAAGGAACCAAACAGUGUUAGAUUUUCAUUGCAUGGAUAUCAUUUUAGCUUCAUUUUACUUCAUUUACUCGAGGAAAUAGUUCUCCAAUUAUCCUGUAAAUAGUGCAACUUUGUUCCAUGUACAGUUUUCUAAUUUCAGUUUGAUUGAAAUUUUAACGUGUAAAUUAAUUUGUAGAGGGGUACAAUUCUGGAGGAAAGGGUACUUGUGACCUCCACAUUGAGGAAACAAUUUGAUGAGAGAAGACCUCUUCACAACUCUUCCUGGAUCCCACCAUGGACUUAACCAGAGCCAGAAUAAGAACCAAGGAAGACAGAUGAAGUGCCGAAAAUAGAGGAUUCCUCAACAAACAAAUCAAUGUAUUCUUCCUCAACAAACCAAAUCAAUUUAUUCUCAAAGUGAAUCCACUUCUUCAUACCGAUAAGUUAUUUUUUCAAGGCUGAAUGCAAAAAUUACAAUUUGAAAA